AUGUCGGCUGAUCCGGUUAAACGUCUUGAGGAGCUGGAGGCUGAACUCCGUGCCCGCAACGAGGCGCUUUCCUCACGCAUUCAAUCCCUCCUGACUGAGUCGGGCGACAGCGAGCUGCCCGAACUACACGUGCUACGCGAGGAUCGUGUGAGGCUGAUUGAGGAGAUCCAGCACAACAAGGAUGAGGGAGACGCCUUGUUGCUGCAGGUCGAGGGAAACGGGGAGGUCGCUUCCCUGUACCGUGUUGCUGCCCGCGUGCAGCGCUUUGAGGAAUUUGCCGAUCGCGCCAAUAACUACGUGAAAACAGUUCUCCCAAAUGAAAUUGAGCGUAUCGCUGAAGCCGACAGGCUCCACUCCGACGACGAGGUGGCUGCCUACAUCAAGGACCUGCAGACGAAGCGCGAGGGGGAGCUGAAGAAGAUCGCCUUGCUAAAGGAACGAACAGCGAAGCGGGCGCAGGACAUGCGCAAUGGUCCACGCGUUGAGCACGGAGAGCUGAACGCCCUGAGCCGUGUAACGAAGGCCAAGGAGGAAGAGCUGGACAAGGAGACCAGGGAUACGCAGGCAUACACCGAUGAGGCGAAGGCGAAGAAGUGUGAGCUGCUUGCGAAGAUCAAGGAAUUACGCCAGGCAAAGUCCAAGCUUCAGGCGGAGCUUUUGGAUAAUAAGCAUAAAAAUGAAAAGCUGGUGAAUGGGAUAAAGACCCGCAUCCGUCACGCGGAGCUCUCCAACACGCGCGAUGUCCGUGUAUGCCAACAGCUGAAUGUUGGCAAUGCUGCACUCACGACCAACGCACAAACCCUGCUUGGCCAGCUGAACGUGGAGCACUACGGCAUUGAGGGCGCACCGUCGGAGAACGCAUUGCUCACGAUGCGUAAGGAGGAGGUGAAAAGGGCAUCAGCCGCAGUAUCGAACAACCGCAACAAUAACAACGGUACCUCUCAGGCGGCCAACGGUACCUCUCAGGCGGCCAACGGUGCCUCUCAGGCGGCCAACGGUGCCUCUCAGGCGGCCAACGUUGACGUUGACAUAAACUCGAAGGGAGCCUACCAGCGCCACGGCACGCAGAAUUCUAACGGGUCCGCCUCCGCGGCAUCGUCCCGCCAACAGCUAAACGCAGCCAAAACACCAUUGGAAGAACUGAAGCGGACAGAGUCGCAGCGCGGCGAUGAAGCCGCUGUACAGGAAAACCUGGACAAGCGCCGCGAGGAGGGAGAAACUGCCCCAUAG